CGUCGCCUGGCCACUCGUGGUGUAGAUCUCUUUGCCCUUUUUUUUGGUGAUAACCCCCAGGCGCCUGCUGACUUCGAGUCUCUUUUUCCCUCCUUCUCACACUCUCCCUCUCUGACCUGCGUUCUUUCCUUGUCCGUGUCUGCACCGAGUCUGAGGCCAUUUCGUUGUCUUCCUUCGCUACCUGCUCAGCGUUGAUCCGUCCUUCGUUGCGCCGUUCCAGUCCCAUUCCUCCCGAAUAUACGUAUAGUAAUCUCAGAACACAACCGCGAGCAUGCCAUUUCAAUCUCAACCCAAGGUCAGGAUACUGAUCAGCUUGUUCCUGACGACCUUCUUCCUUUCAGCGCAGGCCGCUGUUCCCUCGUCCACGUAUGUCGGGCAGGGCACCUCGCCGGAUCCCAAUGAUAAUAUCACUGUUUCUAUCAAUGUGCCCAACGACAACUCGAACUCUCUCUUCUUCCAUUUCUCUGCACCUGCCGGCCAGACAUGGGGUGCCUUUGGCUUUGGCACUCAGAUGGCGGGGGCUUUGAUCUUUGUCACAUAUGCAUCGGAGAGCGGGAACAACGUCACUGUCAGUCCUCGUCUCGGAAAGGGCCAUGUCAUGCCCCAACAUACCUCGGAUGUCCAAGUGGACGUGCUGAGCGGCAGCGGUAUCAUUGACGGAUCUUUCGUUGUCAACGCCAAAUGCUCCAAUUGCCGAAGCUGGGAUGGUGGGAACAUCAAUGUCGACAGCACAAAACAGCCCAUGAUCUGGGCCGCCGGUCCCACAGGCUCUCUAUCUUCCAACGAUGCCAACGCUCAAAUUAAACAACAUGAGGGGUAUAACUUCUUCGAUUUGAACCUCCAAGCAGCAACCGGUACCGGCGGCGUCCCGGUCGUGAGUUCGUCCUCGGACACAGUGGUUGGUGGCGGUCCGAUUGGUGGUGAUCACUUCCGGGGCGCCACUGGUUUCCACGCAUUCCUCAUGGUCGCGGCCUUCUUGAUCGUCUUUCCUGGAGGAUAUUUGUUCCUCCGUGUGUUUGAGAAGGUGUGGCUUCACUGGGGCGUCCAGUCCUUGGCUCUGCUCAUGACCGUCUUGGGUAUGGGUGUUGGAAUCGCCAUCAGCAAAAGAAACAACAUUUCUCCUAAUUUGACUGCCGGUCAUCAAAUUCUCGGCUUCGUCGUUGUCGCUCUCGGUCUUGUCACCUGGGUCGUCGGAUUCGUGGGGCAUCGCAUCUACAAGAGGACGAAGCAGCCCGCCAAGAUCAUGAAAGGACAUCGUGUGCUGGGUCCCGCCACGAUAACGUUGGGUUUGGCCAACUGUAUCGUUGGAUUCCGGUUCGCCGACAACACCCGUGCAGCCAUCGUCUUUGCCGUUGCGAUGGUGUUGAUGUUCAUUUUCGUCGGAACCGUGACGUUUUUCAAGCGCCGCCAGCAACAACGAAAGGCGCCAAUGAAUACACAAGCUGCGGCUAACUUCCGUGAGGGCCGAUCCGAGAUGCCUCACUAUACGGGAGAGGCUCCAUUGCCGUUAUACAGCCAAGGCGGCAUCCCCCUGGAGAGCUAUGCGAACAACCAGGCUCCUCCUGUGUAUCGCUAGGAACAUGAACCCACAGUUGGUCUGGGUCGGAGCUCUUGCAUCAGCGGCUCGAGGUAGAGCCUAGGACGAUGGUCGAUCGUGGUGGUGAAGAAAGAGCCGUUGUUCUCUCAAGCUUGGACGAUUGUGCACAAUCUGCAGGUGCCCGGUUUGGUAUCGGUUGGCGACAUGUAUGCUCCCCGCUGUAAUAUGUUGUGUCACGGGAUGUUUGGACAAUUGUGUGUUUUCUUCGGAUGAAUGCCAGAGCCCUGGUGAAAAGCAGAGCUCUAUGAAAAUCACGCGGAAUAAAAGUAUGUUCAACACAGUUAUACUGUCCAAUCUUGGCCCAUAUACUGUGUCAAUGUUUCAUUCGAGCUCUAAACUUGCCUUGUCCCAAUCCACAGCUGUGCAGGGCUAAUCAGACAUCCCUUUUAGGUUGUUCUCUAUCUACCUCAACAGCUUUAGGCUGUGAACAUCACCAGAGCCAAUUGCUAUCUACAG